AUGCCUUACCCGGCCAGAGGGGGAGAAGUCAGGGAGCCCUUAAGCCCUCUCCUCCCCUCUCUUUUUCCCAGACCCGCGCGCUGUAGAUCUCCAUACAAGAGGUAUGGUAGUCUACAGUACGCAGGUGUCGGGAAGGCGGUACAAUUAGAGGGGCAGGUCUUUCAAACCACCUCUUGGACAGCCACUCACAGUGCCAGUCCACAAUUGGAGCUGAACUGCGACGACCCCUGUGAGAUGUGGUCGCAGGCCAGGGAACACAAGUCAACUGUCCCCCGGACUGCUAGAGAUGGUCUAACACUACACAAAAAAGCCACUGUUAGUGCCACUAAAAAUUAGUGUAGCAUAGUGCCAGUAACAGUGCAUUAACACUACACAAAAAAGGGGCCACUGUUAGCACCACACUAUGCUCAGUAGUGUAGCAUAGCAGCCCACCAUUGCUCUACCC